AUGAACUCGCCCGCUAGAGCGACUCUCGAUGCCUUCAUCGACGGUUGGCUCUCUACCAUCAACAACAACACACCAUCCAUCACAACAGCAAGUCCUGUCGCUUCCCUUCGAACCGACACAAAACUAUACCACGACAUGCCCACACCACCACCGUCCUCAACAACGCCAACUCGUCGCGACCGUACGUCACCCAAGAGAGCUCGCCACGAUGAUAUCCAAGACAACCCAUUCGACGACGACAGAACACCAGUGGCUCCCUCCCGCUUUUGCGCCAUAAACCUACCAACUCGCCCUCUUUCGCGCCAGACCCCGAGUCUAUCCUCUGCCUCAUCCAACGGUCGCUCGCUCAGUCCCGUCAAAAAGUCCACCCUCCAGCUUCUUGAUAAACCAGUUUACUUUGUCCCCAUCGAUGACGAUGCGAUACGACAGCUUCCGGACGACAUACUUGCAACGUACGAUCGCAUCACUGAGGUUGUCGACGAUCGAAUAAACCUUCUUCCUAGAGCGGUGGAAGAAGAAUUGAGAAGCACGUAUAGACAGAGCAAACUCAGGCCUCACUAUUUCUUCUCCCACGAUGAUAACAAGACAGCGAUUCACAUUCAGGAGCUCGCUGCGUUGCGAAAGAUUGAGCAGGCCGCCAAAAGAUGCCAAGUAGAGGAAGCGUCCGAAGCAGCGUGGAAUAUAGAAGUCCAUGGUCCACUACUGGAGCUCGCGUUGGAGCCUUUUCCAUCUCUGUCCAGGGAUAUCCUCACCCAGGCACGGAUCAGUAGACCAUUCGUUCCAGAGAUGAAGGCUGCUUCUCACUACGAUUUUACUAGGUCCAAAAUGAUCGACUGGGGCAUUCGUUUACAUCCAUCUCAACCAACUACUGCACGUAUUCAGGAGAUACUAUUACCCUUACCCGAGAACCAACGCUCCAUCAAUCAAUCGACAUACGGUCCUGUCAGAUUCGAUCCCAUUGCUGUCUCGAUAGAAACUAAAAUCGCUAAUGGCGGCGCUGAAGAGGCGAGGUUACAGUUAGGCGUUUGGGUCGCGGCAUGGCAUCAGCGUAUAAGGGCGUUGAUGAGACCUGACCAGGUGAUUGUGACCUUGCCACUCAUUCUUGUUCUGGAACACAAGUGGCAGCUUUUGUUCGCAUGUGACAGGGGAAGCCACAUUGAUAUCGUCGAGAGUGUUGACAUUGGGGACACAAAAGGGUUGAUGGGUAUGUAUACUGUUCUCUCUGUCCUACGGAUGCUUGCUUCCUGGAUGCAAAGCGAGUACGCAACCUGGUUUGAAAAUUUCAUAAACAGCAGAGUUCCAUCACUGUAG